AAUAAUAAUAAUAAUAAUAAUAAUAAUAAUAAUAAUAAUAAUAAUAAUAAUAAUAAUAAUAAUAAUAAUAAUAAUAAUAAUAAUAAUAAUAAUAAUAAUAAUAAUAAUAAUAAUAAUAAUAAUAAUAAUAAUAAUAAUAAUAAUAAUAAUAAUAAUAAUAAUAAUAAUAAUAAUAAUAAUAAUAAUAAUAAUAAUAAUAAUAAUAAUAAUAAUAAUAAUAAUAAUAAUAAUAAUAAUAAUAAUAAUAAUAAUAAUAAUAAUAAUAAUAAUAAUAAUAAUAAUAAUAAUAAUAAUAAUAAUAAUAAUAAUAAUAAUAAUAAUAAUAAUAAUAAUAAUAAUAAUAAU